AUGGCCAUUUUUAGCAAAUUCAAGAGGAAGAAGGCGUUCCCCUUGGAACAAUCCGUUGGAAAAGAUCAAACCAAAGAAACUCCUCCAUAUGCAACUGUUGCAGAACAACCCCGUUCAACGCUGCCUGCGCCGGUAUCAGAGAAGCAGGAACAACCGAAGCCGUUUCAGUCGCAGUCACCCGCAAGGUCGCCGCAGCCAAAUGGACAUCCAACGCACGAAGUUGAAGUUCCUACCAGCAACGCCUCCAAUGUUGUCGCAAAGCCUACGGAUAUGCCUGUGGACGAUGAAUAUGCACAAGCCUGGCUUGACGCCCACAACAUGGUGAAGGAGCUCGCUAAACAACGGGGACAACCCAUUGACGGCAGCCUAGGCAUAGCUGAUGUUUUGAAAAAUCUAAACGAAGCCCCGAGCAGCAGGAAAGACAAGAUUUGGAACGGUUUUCAACACGUCUUGGGUGCAAUCCAGAAAAUUGGUGGUGCUGCUGCGAGUGUAGCGUCGAAGGUUUUUGCACCUGCUACGGACUGCUACAAUGUCGUAAACUUCGUCAUUGAUACUUUCAAGGGCUAUCAGGGUGCAUACGAUGCUUUGGACAGCCUUUUCGAUCAGUGCGCGGAUUACCUAACCCGCUUAGGUUACUACGAAGGGCGAAUGGACAAGAACUUGCGCGCGCUGUGUGCUCAGUCACUCAAGUUAUUCAUCGAAGUAUGCAGGAAAGCUGUAGCCUUGCGCGGAUCAGUUGCAGGAAAACUUAAAGUGUUUACUCGCGUCAUGUUUCUGAGCGACAAUGGCAUCAGCUCACUACUAAACGAAAUGGACAAACUGACCAACAAAGAGAAGUUGUUGGUCUUGGCCCAAACAUUUAAGAAUGCACAUGAUGGAUAUCGUGCGACCUUGAGGGUGGAGGGGCUUGUCUCUGAGAGGCACGCCUUGGACAUGGAAGCAAAUAGAGAAAAAGUUAUCAUCAAAGCAUUAGGGCUUGCGUGUGAGCCGACGCCUACCUGGCGCUCCAGGUAUCGUGAAUAUUUGAAUCAGCGACUACCGGACACAGGCCAGUGGAUACUCAGGGAACCAGUCUUUGCCAACUGGGAGAAGGGUCAGUCCCAAGCGAAUAUCCUGGCGAUUGAGGGUGGCAGUGGCUCCGGAAAGAGCUUUCUUGCCUCGGCAAUCAUCCAUCAUCUGCUUCACAAGAAAUCAGCAAACGAGACAGAUCCCCGAGCCUCCACGGCAUAUUAUUUCUUCGAGGGGACUGCGCGAGAAGCUGUGAAGAAUGCCAUGAACCUCGAGACCUCGGCAAAGUCCAUUGUUUGGCAGUUCACCCAGAUGGAGAGGCUCUAUAAAAAGUCCGUCGCGAGAAUAUGUGAGGAGCGCCGAGAGCUCGAUCCAGCAAACAUCUCAAGCGAGCUGCUCUUUGAAAACUCAGAUCUGCAUGAAAUGAACGUCCAGUUCUACAUUGUUAUCGACGGCCUGACUGGUCAGAUGGGAGAAGGCAUGCUACGGUUUCUGAAACGCGCGUCCGCCCUGAAGUCAGGUCGACGUGUUCGUGUACUCCUGACUGUCGACGCACAAUGUUUCCAGCAUCUGGCUAAAAUGGAAGACAUCUCCUUCGAUUCCAUCCCCAUUAGCCCAAAGAAUCGGCCGGAUGUGGAAAACGUUAUCCGGUGGAGAAUGGAUUCAAUGCCAGCGUUCAAGGAUGCGACACGCCCCAGAAUAUCACAGCUACGGACGAAAGUCUGCAACGAGCUUUAUCAAGCAACCCAGGGUGAUUACUUCAGGAUCAAUCUUGCUCUGGACGAUAUCAGCAAGCGGGAAUAUGAAUCCGAUAUCGAGAAUGCCCUGACAAAUGCACGCAAGGGACGCAUAACGCAAGUUAGAAGCGAAAUUGAAGGACUCAAUAAACACUGCUCCGAGACAGAAAUCUUAGAGAUCAAUGAGAUCGGUCUUUGGAUACGGCGCUACAGGGAGCCUCUGACAGUGAAAGCGAUGACGGCAGCUCUAUAUGUGAAGGGCGGGAAAUUGUCCCUCCUUACGCUACCAGAUAAGAUCAAGCACAAAUACACUCUGUUCAAGAUCAUAAAGGGUGAAAUCGAUUUCCGGGCUGACGAAGUUGAUGAAGCCAUCCCUUCGAAGUGCCGUUCCCAAAGCAAGGCGGAGGAAGAGGAGGAUGAGCAGCUACAGGGCGCAGGGACAGUCUCCCCCGGCGAAAUGCCAUGGUCAAACAUUUCCUCUCCACGGUCUGUCCACAGGAGACGUACAACAAAUGAUCCCAACAUAGAGGAAGCGAAGAUGGCGCUCACUUGCCUACGCCUUCUCACGGAAGAGGUAGGCCAACCAAGCGACCUUGUAUCGUACGCGAGAAGCAAUCUCGCAGAACACAUGUCCGCUGUCAACUUAGCCCUGGUGCAGGUUGAUUACAAGACCACGUUUGGGCCCUACCUUGUUAAGCUCUUCACUGUUGACUCUUCGAUUGAUACCCUGCUCAACAAUAACGGGUUAUCCGGUCCCUCACCCUCUCAACGGCGAGAAGUUCGUCAGCUAUUAUUCAACAACGCCACUACGGAUAUAAUCCUUCAAUGGCUCAAUGACGAGGCGGUCAUUUUGAAUGUCAACAAUGAAGCUCGUGGAUGGAUCACCGGUCCAAUUCGCAAUGAGGGUCGCCGAGCCUUGUUGAUGCCAGCGGCGAUGCGAAUGGCCAGGCAUCUGGUGCACGAACCACACUUUGUACCAUUCAUAAGACAUGCAUUUGAAUUUCUCGAGGGCUUUCUCAAUAAGUUCGAAAAUCCUAGCGAACAAGAAAAGCUUGAUUCCAUCAGCAGAAUUGCAAGUGUUGAGAGGUGGUGCGAGAAAGUACUUAAAGGGCCGAAGGACGCUUUGUGGCACACACAGAUAGGCAGUCUUUUGAAUAGUCAUGGUCACAAGGAGUUGGCGGAAGCCCGAGCCCGACAAGCCUUGGCACUCAACGCAGCGGACUGGCGAGCCUCUACCCUUCUGGCCGAAGUAGUCGAGGGCAGUCGAGGAAUUGAGACCUUAAAACCUGCCAUAGAGCGCCUUGCGUCAAGCGACGAAUGGAAGCAAAACGCUCUGGUGCGGUUGGGACUCGCCAAGAUGCUGUUUAUCACCGCGGAGCUCAGCUGGAAGGAAGGGCAAGCCGAUACGGCUAUCAGCUACUGGUCACGGGCGGUUGACGUUGAUUUCACUGACAAUGUUCGCGUGAUCCGGUGUUUAAAGUCGUACGCCAAUGGUGAGCGCUGGGGGGAAUUCAUUGCGGUUCUGCGAAAGAUGGACGAGAGAUCAACGGAGCAGCAGCAGGGCACGUCUGAACUGAUAGCUGCAAGAAGUUUUCCCCAUGAUAUGUUUUUGCAGGCGGCUCUUCAUACCAGUGAGCUCGCAUUUGCCGUCGGCGCUUACGAGCGAUCCAUUCAGCUGAUUGAGGAGCGCGGAGAGCGCGCUACGUUAAGCCUUCUCCGAUACCGCUUUGGGCGGGCAAUAAAUGCACAACAGAACGGCUCGUCCAGGGCAAUUAAGCAGUGGCGCCAGGCCCUCGACGGCGCAGACUCAUACACAAUGUCAACAUUGAUCAGUUGUAUAGCGCCAUAUUACGUGCAACAAGCCAUGGCGGCAGGCCCCGAUACUGAAGCCGUUUCAGCCUAUCUUGAAAAGAUUGAAACGCUUCUACCCGAGGGCGUACCCGAAGCCGAGGUCAUACUCCCACCUCGGGUAUAUAUUGCACGGUACUACAAGAAGCAAGGCAAUCUGUCUGAGGCGAAGCGGAUCGCUCGACACGUCGUGCAGCUAAGCCUGGAGAUCCUCUCCGAUGAUGAUGAAGGAAAUGACCUACCAGCCUACAAUCAGCUCCUGUCGAUAUUCAUCGCUUUUGGUGAUAUCAAGAACGCACUGGCAACGCGUGCUCUUAUAGCUGUACAUUUUAUGGAACAGCAAAUCGAUUGCGAUGGCGACUGCAACCGCUCCAUGAAUAUAGCCGAGGAGAUGAAAUGGUGUCAGGAUUGCAUCCUUGUCCAUUUGGAUGAAGAGUGCCGCCGAAAAGUUGAGCAGAAUCGUCUUCCAUACUCUACUUGUAAUGCGUCACAUGAGUUACUUCGAGCUCCGCGGAUGGAAGAGUCCUUACGUAACAUGCCGAAGGACAGUGUACCAUUUGGAGAUGACUGGGUCUCGUUUACGGAUUGGUUGGGGCUCAUCGAAAAGGAUUAUGUUAGCUUUGAAUGA